AUGGCCUCUCCUCCCAACCAGCCAAUCGCGCUGCGGCCCAUGCGCCACCAGAGCUACGUCCAGCGUCCAAAGGAAGACUGGGCGGGCAUCACCGAUCAGAAAAAGAGAAAGACACUGCAGAAUCGACUCAACCAGAGGGCUCGACGAUCGAGGCAGCCACCGCCGCCACCGCCCAAGACGGUGGACAAGGGCGCCGCCGCAGCCGCCGCCGCCGCCGCGUCAUACACCAACAAAGAAGAAGCUGCCAGUGAAGGUGGAGAUGAUGAAUCACUCGCAAAGGCUGUUGUUCGAAAACGCGCUCUUUUGGCGCGCUUCGCCCUCGAGGCUACGCAGAGCUACGUCACGAACCGGCCAGACACGGACCAGCUCCUGCGCGUAGUCAAGCUCAACACCAUCAACGCCCUGACCGCAAACGCCGCGGCGCUGCGGCUGCCCGGCGACUGGCUCAUGUGCCGCGCCAUCUCGCCCUUUGGCCUCGUCGGACCUCUCCCGGUCCCGGUCCCAGUCCCGACCAGCAGCGGCGGCGGCGCCGGACAACAACAACAACAACAACAACAACAACAACAACAACAACAACAACAACAACAACAACAACAACAACGCUGUUGUUACCCGGCGUCGCUGACACCCACGCCGCUGCAGCUGCGCAUCCCGCACCACCCCUGGAUCGACCUUCUCCCGCUGCCGCGGAUGCGCGAUAACUGGCUGCUGGCCAUUUACGUGCAGGAGCGCCUGACCGAGGAGGACGAGGUGCGGCUGUGGGAUGACCUGGUCGAAUGGGACGCCGGCGCCGGCGCGAGCCUGGUGGUCUGGGGCGAGCCGUCGGAUCCGCGGAGCUGGGAGGCGACGGUGCCGUUUCUGAGGCAAUGGGGCCGGCUGCUGGAUGGCUCCCUAACUCGGUGCGCUCUCGCAUGCACUACGCCAGAAAUAUACGGCAUCCGCCUCAGAAAUGACAUCGCAAGACAGCAAAGACGAGGCGCCGCCUUCCAAUCCUCAAGAUCUAGCAACGGGACAAGAGGCAGACAAAGAGGAGAUGAGAAUGGGCUAACGAGCAAGCACAGGGGUGAGCAGACAGCCGCGCAGCUCGAAGCCAACCUCACCACUCUCGAGUCCAAGCUCGACGCCAUGCUCGCCGCCUUUGAGCAGCAAGGCAGCCAGGGUCAGGGUCAGGGCCAGGGAAGUGCCGGCGACAAGACGAGCUCCAAAAGCAACGGUGGCGGCGGCGGCGGCAACAGCGGCAGUAGCAGCACCUGA